AUGAUUCCCAUUCAAUCCCGUUUGCUUGCGAUGUCUGCCCCAAAGGGGUCGGCUCCCAUCGCCAGCACCGAUCCAGCACAACCAACAUUUGCCUGGAGCGGCAGCUCUACCUCUUCUCUCAUGUCAAGUCCAUUCGCCCCUCCACCCACUCCGACCGACUCUCUCCUCGACAUCAACCCUCGCAAAUCAUCCUUCUCCAGCGAGAUGGCAGCGGCAUAUGCCUUCCCUUCUUGGCCAAACCGACCUUCGCUUUCCAGCAAUGGCUCUGCCGACUCCUGUGCCAGCGCCUAUCUCUCAGAUGACGACCUCCUCUGGAUGCCAGAGAAUUCAGCUGCAGAGCAAGCCGUUGAGGAGGCAACCAACCAAGCCACUCUCUGCUCGGUGACCAUGGAACACCAACUCCAGCGCAUGCGCGCUAUCGCCGAACAGGAAGAUCGUGCCAAUUUCCUCGCCAAGGUUGACGCCCACGCACGCGCAACCCAAGCCUUGCGCACAACGAAGCAGGCCAUUGUGAACGAGCGCGAGACUUCCAAGCGCAAGAAGCGUCGAGUCGUGCCUACUCCCAAGAGACGCGCCCACUCGGCCUCCAAGGUGUCUCAGUAA